AUGGCCAGAGUUUGCUCAAGUGCUUGUUCGACCAUUUCACCUGAAAUUACAGACAAAAUCUGGAAACAUGAAAAUCACUUACUACUUUGUAUACAUCUGCAGAACUUGCCUCCGGCAACUUGUAAGGAGAUACAGAAGCUGAAAUCGAGAAUAGCUUUUCUCGGAAUAUGGAAAGUGAGCUUGUGCAGAGGCAACAACGGCGGAUGGCCUCAGUUUGUGGAGCGCCACGCCUUAUCACUGGGUGAGUUCGUCUUCUUCGAACACACCGCCGAUCUGCACUUCAAAGUCACCGCCUACAAAACCAAUUUCUGCGAGAAUCUCUUCCAAAUUCCUCUCAAAAAGUGCAAAACAGAAGAAGAAGAGAGUGUGUGCUUCGAGAAGAAGAUGAUACCUAGCCAUGGUAGAGUUGGCGCCAAAGUGUAUAUUCCGGAGGAAUUUAGAAGACAGAAUGAUUUGGGGCGGCGGUGUGGGAAAGUAGUGUUGGUAGAUCCGAUUGGAAGAGAAUGGGAAGUGAAACUAGGCAGAAACUCGGAGAGAGGACGUUGGAGAAUGGGAAGGGGAUGGAGAGGUUUCUAUGACUCCAUGACGGAGAUAUUUGUGUUUUCCCGUUUCCUAACACCCACUGCUGCUGCUGCUGCUGCUUUUUUCAACGUUGAUAUUGUUCGUGUUUAGAGGAUUAAUUAGUGGGUGGGAUUAUUAGUUGCUUAAUUAUGUAUUAACAUCUCGGA